UCGUUAUGACAAGUGGCAAAUACAGUUUAUUAAUAAAGUUUUGAUAAUUAUUGUCAAAAAUGAAUAUUUUAUCAAUUUUUAUUUACAUUAUAACCCUGAGUUACAGUGUCGCUGAAAAACCUACGGAGAAGUUGAAUAUAAUUAUAUUUUUUACUGAAGCGACUGCCAUACCAAGUUCUGAUGUUGGAAUAAAGUUUCUAGAUAUGCAUGAGGUAGUCAGAGUGAAGCACAAUACAAAUACGAAAACUGCUGGGAACUAUAAUAUACAUCGAAGAAAUACUGAAAACUGUAAAGAACUUCUUAAAGAAAGUCUGGACUUGCUUGUUCGGUAUUGUAAACAUGCUCUUGGAAUGAAAACUGUAACUUUGUCAAUAAGCGAUUACGUAUCAGAAGAUACUAAUUUUCAUUCUUCGGAUCAUAUUGUACAACGCCAGAGCAAAAAUACACCACCAAAGCAUAAGAAGGUUAAAAAUGGACGAAGAAAACAAAAAGAAGACACAAUACCGUCUGUUAUUAAAAUGAACAAUAUGAACCCCAACGCUAUUAUAUCAACUCCAGAACAUACGGAGGUAUUUAAUAUAAGGCUAAAGAGGAAUAUAAGUGAACAUCAAGACGAUUCAGAUAAUUUUCUUGAAUAUCCAAAGAAAAAUAAACCAGAAAAAUAUAAUUGGGAUAUUUUGGAUAUCAUGUCACAUGUAAGACUUUCGUUCUUUGGUGAUUUUUUUAAUAACGAAAGAGAUAAACUGGCUAAAGAAGAAAACAACAUCCUUCCAAGUCUAAAUAAACCCAGAUACAAUUUUGAUUUAUUUAACGCAGUAAGUAAUGCUCUAGAUACUUUACAAGAACCUCCUUGUGAUGGGUUCUUGAUGGUUAUAUUUGGAAGCCACCUGGAUGAAAUAAGCGAUACGCGCAGUCCUUUAAUCCAAUCUAUAAAACAUAUAACUGAGACCACAAAUGAGCAAAAUACACUUAUUGUAUUGACCACAGCUUGUCCGAAAAUGGGAAGGUCAAAUAACGAAGUUGUUGAAAUUAAAGAAGACGCCAAGAAAAUUAAUGAUAUCAUGGUACUACCAGUAUUCGCAAAAGGUCCAAAAAGUUCAAAACUAAUGCAAUGUAGUGUAUUGUAUGACAUUCCUUUAACAUUAAAAAAUAUUUUAGAAGAAAUGUCACCUACAUUUACAAGGAUAUAAUUUAUAAAACAAUGAAUACUAAGCCUUAAUUUGUAUUAUACGAAAUAUAAAUAAACAAGUAAUCGAUACAUA